ACAUUUACUCCUGGAACAAGUAGCUCUGCACGACUCUAACUGCUUGGAAAAAUAUUAUUUUCGGCACCAUACGCAACUUAAAAACGCAUUUGUGUGUUAGACACAAGUCUACACUCAUUUCAUUUAGAGGAGGAUUUUAAGAUGCAGGCAUGGACUCCACUAGAUCCCUGAAGGUAUUCUGUGGUAUCUGGCACCAAGAUGUUAGCAGCAGAUCCUUAAAGUCCUCUAAGUUGCGACGUGGGGCCUCCAUGGAUCGGACUUGUUCGUCCAGCGUAUCUCACAGAUGCUCGAUUGGAUUGAGAUGUGUGGAAUUUGGAGGCCAAUUUAAUUCUGUCAAUCAUUUUGGUUUAAAUUUUUAUCAGAUGCAGCAAAGCCUAGGAGGAGGAGGAAAAGUAAGAGCCCACCUCCCGAAAGUUUAACUGCAUUGCUAUCAGAGAAAAAGACUGGAGAACACACGGCAAGGAUGUUGAACUUGGUGUUGUGUGGAAGUGAUGAAGCACUGAAGACCUCCAUAUCAGAUCUGAUAUUAGAGAAUGUGAAGACCGGAGAAGUCUGUGGUCACAGUCUCCGGCUGGAGGUGAUGCCAGCUCUCUACAACACUCAGCUCUCAGACGAGGAAGUGAGGCAUGCGAUUCUCUGUUGUAUCUCUCUUGAUAAUCCUGUCCACGCUUUUCUUUUCCUCGUUCCUGUUGGUCCUGUCACAGAUGAUGAGAAAGGAGAAAUCGAGACGAUUCAGAGAACAUUUGGUUCAAGGGUCUGUGAUCACAGUGUAGUUCUUUUUACCAACAAGAACUAUAAUGAAGCUGCUGCAAUUAACCUUGUAGAGCUAAAUUCAGAAAUGGAAGAACUUCGACGCCUGUGUGGGGACAGAUAUAUGAUCUUAGAGAAAGAAAAAAACCAUAGACAGAAGCAGGUGGCAGAACUGUUGGAACGAGUAACAAAUAUGAAGAAGAUUUAUUCUCUCCAAAUGUAUAUUGAGGCACAGAAAGAUGAAGCUAAACAGCCACUAGAGGAGGAACUGGCCGAAUUGAGGAACAGAAUCAGGCAACUUGAAGCAAAACAACAGGGAACAUGUGCUGAGAGUAAAAGCUCUGACUCCAAUUGUUUGAGAUUAUUACUGAUUGGGAAAACCGGAAAUGGGAAAAGUGCAACAGGAAACACCAUUCUAGGAAGAGAAGAAUUUGAGAGUAGCAUGAGCUUGAUAUAUAUGACAAGAAAGUGUCAGAAGGGCAUUGGAGAAGUGCAGGGCAGAUCAGUAGCUGUUGUGGACACUCCAGGACUCUUUGACACCACACUCUCUAAUGAAGAGGUAACAGAAGAAAUAGUGAAGUGUGUCUCAAUGCUGGCACCAGGACCCCAUGCCUUCAUCAUUGUGCUGAGUGUGGGAAGGUUUACUGAGGAUGAGAAAGUAACAGUGAAUCUGAUUAAGAAGAUGUUUGGUCCUGAGGCUGCAAAGUACAGUAUAGUGCUGUUUACUGGAGGAGAUAAACUGAAAAAUAAAACACUUGAAGAGUAUCUCAAAACCAUUAAUAAUACAUAUUUGAACACUUUUAUCAGAGACUGUGGUGGAAGAGUUCAUUUGUUUAAUAACAAUACAGAAGAUACCACUCAAGUUAACAAGCUUCUCCAAAUGAUUGAAGAAAUGAUAAAUUUCAACAGAGACAAUUACUUUACUAAUGAGAUGUUUGAGAUGCUGGAGAUGUCGAUACAACAGAAACAAAAGCAGAUGCUAAAAGAUAUAAAGGAUAAAAUGCAAGCUGAAAAAGAGGCUCUGAAGGUCAGAUAUGAAGAAGAACUGGAACAGGUGAGGAAGAAUAUGGAUAAAGAGAGAGAGAUGUUGGAAGAGGAAAGACGUAAAAGAGAAAACAUAUUUAAAGAGAAGGAAGAAGCACUGAGGCAAGAAUAUGAGAAGAGAGAAGAAGAACAGAAAGAGAAAUGGAAAAGAGAGAACCAAAGAAGAGAAGAAGAGGAAAAACGACAGACUGAAGAAAAUAAACGCAUGAUGGAUGAGAUGAAGAAAGAACUAGAAACUCAAAAAGCUAAAUUUUUCCAACAGCAAACUGAAAGAGAAGAGGAGGACAGAAAAAGGGCAGAGAGAGAGAGAGAGAUUAAAGAACGCUUUGAGCAAGAACAAAAAGAAGAAAUUACAAAACUAAAACUCAAACAGGAAGAAGAGGUCAGAAGGAGAGAUGAGGAAGAGCAAAAGAGAAGAAAAGAACAGGAAGAAGAGAGAGAAAACUGGAAGAGAAAAAUAAAAGAGGCAGAAAAUGAUAAAAAUGAAAUUAAGGAAGAAAUCGAAAGGAAACUGGGAGAACGGGAGAUGCGAUGGACAAAGCAGAUGAGAGAGAGGGAUGAUGAAGACAAGAGAACUAAACAGAGACAUGCUGAAGAACUGAGAGCACAAGAGGAAAAUCAGGAGCAAAUGAGGAAAAAAUUUGAAAAGGAAAUAGAACGAGAGAGAAAUGAGUGGCAAAAAACAGAAAGGAGGAAACGAGAGCAAAUAGAGAAAGAGUAUACGGAAAGAAAAAAGAAUAUAACACAGGAGUAUGAGGAACGGGAAAAAAUAAGGAAAGAAGAAUGGUAUAAAAGAAUCCAAGAGGAAAAUGAAAGAAGGGAAGAGGAGAGACAGAGACUAAAGAGAAGGAAAGAGGAGAUAGAAGCAGAAAGACAAGAGGAGAUAAAAAGGAGAGAGAAAGAAGAUAAUGUAAGAAAAGAACAAGAAGACCGAGCCCGUGAAGAAAUGAAAAAUAUUUAUGAGAGCAAAAUGAAAGAAAUGGAGACCAAAUAUCAGGAUGAGGCUAGAAGGAGAGCUGAGGAGAACCGAGAGGCAGAACAUAAACAUCACAUACAAGAAUUGACUGACAAACAUCACCAUGAGUAUAAGGCUCUCAUGGAUCUGUAUGAAAGUAGCAAAAAAGAAUUAGAUAAGCAAAAGAGCUGCAUUAUCAUCUAAAGGGUUGAUCAUACUUUUCUGAUGUUUGCACUCACAUGAGACAAAACAAUUCAUUUACUUCCUUUUACUCCAUUUUCCUUUCUUAAUCAGCAUUAAUGUAGAACCCUCACACUAUUUUCUCAUGUCUACAUUUGAAUCUUAUGGCAUCCUGAUUGUGCUGUACGUUGACAGGAAGAGCUGUUUCCAAGCAAACAUUGUUUCAUUGAGAUGCAGUGCAUUCAUCAUUAUGUUCUUGUUUGCUUCGUUUAUAAAACUUACACAAUACAAAAUUGUGUUUAGUGUUAUUAACACAAAUUCCACAUACAAGUCACUGUAGAUUUUAUUUGAUACACCUUUGUAUAUACAGCAUGUAAUGCACAAUCGCUUUAAACAACAGCAAAAGGGGUGUGGAGUUGCUAAAAAGAUGUUGGGCUGUUCAGUCUGUGCAGAUUUAUUUUGUUGUUAGGGUAAAGAAUAAUGAAAGCACUCCAUUCAAUGUUUUUUUGAAGAAGAAAUAAAGACAUUUAGUUCUGUUUCACUGUUCCUGACCACCAGAACAAUGUCAUCAGAUACCGUCAUACACUUUUCUUCUACUUGCCUUUUAUAAGUUGGAACUGUUAGUCAACACUGAUUUCUGGUUUAUUUUAUUUAUAUUAUAAUCUUUCAUGAAUCUGUGUUAAGAUAAGAUGAGAUAAGAUAACUUGUCUAUAACUUAUAUACUGUUGUUUGAUUCCAGGAAGCAGAUAUGGGAUUAGUUAAUGAGAGAAUCAUGUCAAUAAGAAAUCUAUUAAAUGAAAUAUCAGUGUUUCUGUUGACUUAACUAGUAUGUUUAUAUAGCUGGAUAUGUAUUCACUAUUUCUUUUAAAUAAAUCA